UAUUACUUUAGUAUUUUGGUAUUAAAGUAUAUUUUGAUGCUAAUACUUUUGUACUUUUUCUUAAGUAAACUAUCUGAGUACUUCUUCCACCGUUGGUAGGUUGUGUAACAUCUUCCUCCAGCACCACUCUUUUGUCUUUAAUUCCUCUCCAGUGGAUGUUUGACCACUUAUCUCCUGGAAAACAGCUGCAGGACAUCUGGACCAAACAGUAAAACAGUGAAAGCAGGAGCCAAGACAUAUGGAAAGGAGUUUGUUGACUUUUGUGUUUGGCUGGUCGAAGAUGUUGAAGAAGACUGGAGAAACAACUUUCCCAGGCAGUUUUCUUAACGAGCUCAGAACACAGUGAUCGACCCAAAGAACGAGGUCUCCUACACCAUGUGGAAGGACGUCCCUGUUCCCUUCUUCAUGUCAGUCUACUUCUUCCACAUCCUCAACCCCAAGGAGAUACUGAGUGGAGAAAAGCCUGUGGUGCAACAGAAAGGACCUUAUGUGUACAGAAAACACAUUCAGAAAAACAACAUCACGUUUCACCCCAACAACACGGUGUCCUACAAGGAAUACAGAAGCUACAACUUUGAACCGUCCAUGUCUGUGGGGAACGAGUCUGAUGUUAUCACGAUCCCAAACAUGUUGGUGCUGGGUGCAGCAGUGAUGUUGGAAAACCUCCCCAUCCCUGUGCGUUUAAUAAUCAGCAUCGCCUUCAAGUCUUUCAAAGAGGGACCCUUUCUGACCAAGACAGUAGGGGAGCUGAUGUGGGGUUAUGACAGCCAACUGGUCGAGUUCCUCAGUAAAUACUUGCCUGGCAUGCUGCCCGCAUCGGGAAAGUUUGGCCUCUUUGCUGAAAUCAAUAACACCGACACUGGUCUGUUCACCAUCUUCACCGGACGAGACGACAUCAGGAAAGUUCAUAAAGUCGACUCCUGGAAUGGCCUGACGAAUCUGAAGUACUGGCGGACUCCUCAGUGUAACAUGAUCAAUGGAACAGCUGGACAGUUGUGGCCCCCCUUCAUCACAAAAGAGAGGACGCUACCUUUCUACAGCCCUGACGCCUGCAGGUCUCUAGAGUUCGUUUAUCAGCGUUCUGGCACGUUUAAAGGCAUCCCUCUGUAUCGAUAUGUUGCACCCAAGACCAUGUUUGCCAAUGGGACAGAGUACGCACCCAAUGAAGGGUUCUGCCCCUGCAGACAGUCUGGUCUGCUGAACGUUAGCAGCUGCCGCUACAACUCUCCAGUCUUCAUCUCUCAACCUCACUUCUUCAAUGCUGAUCCGGUGCUACUGGACUAUGUGCGGGGCCUUCAUCCCAGUGAGGAAGAGCAUGGCCUCUUCAUAGACAUUCACCCACUAUCAGGCGUCCCCCUGAAUGUGGCCAUCCGUCUGCAGCUCAACCUCUUAAUGAAACGUGUGGAAGGAAUUACAGAAACGGGCAGGAUUUCUGAGGUGGUGAUGCCCAUGAUCUGGUUUGAGGAGAGCGGGUACAUCGACGGCCCCGUCCUCAACACGUUCCGCACAAACCUGGUUGUCAUACCGACUGUGAUGGAGUACUUGCAGUACGUCUUCAUAGCGCUCGGCCUGGCGAUGAUAGUUAUCGCCGCCCUGGUGUAUCACAGAGUGAAGAAAUGUGAAGGUGGCACCAAAGCAGCUGGCAACAGGACCUCUCUAACGGAAGACCAGGACCCUCUCCUACAAGAUGAAAUGGACUGAGACACACAUAUAAACACACAGCUGGUGUUAUGAACUCCCUGACAUAAGACAACAUAAUACCACGAUCCUGAACUGAAACCCUGUUGUAAGAUUCUCAUCUCAGUAAACUGAGUCUUGUGCACAAGAGAAUCUGGACCAUGCUUUGCUGUACUGUUAAUGUUUAUGAAACCCUCAAAGACUCAGGUUGAUGUUAUUACAUGUGUUUGAGAUGAGGCUGUUGGGUUGCGACUUUCGUAUUUUGAGGCAGAACAAGUGAAGAUCACAACUAGACAACACACUCACAGAUGGCACACAGACACUGGUGCGUGAGCCAAGAAAGUUUUAUAGCCUUUGUGCUGUGUGCAUUAGCAUGUCCUCUGCUGGCCUCUGGUUCAGCUCAGACACUUUAUAUUGUGAUGAGGUCACAACAGUAAAACUCACUUUUCUAGGCUUUGAGAAAGUUUUAAAAGUAUAAGGCCUCCAUGGAUUUAAACUGAUAAUUCAAAGAGUAAAAACUGACCUAGUUUCCACCUGGAGGUGUCCUGUUUACAGUUUUACUGCUUAUCAUUGUGGUUUAUGGGGGAAAAGAUCUUGGGCUGCAGGAGCAUUGUUGUUGCAGUACCAUGAGUGGCCACCGGGGAGUGGCGGCGCUGUCUCAGCUGUCUGCGUCCAUUCAUGGGCCUGAUGUCACUGAAAGCCCUUUGUAUAAAUGACCAAAAAUCUCUGUUUACAGUUAUUUGUGAACAUGUUUAUGCUCUGCUCAGUGUUCGAUGAUCAUUAGUUUUAAUCUGAAGCAUCUUAUAGUUUUAUCAUUUUAUGUGCAGCAGUGGGCUGGAUGUUUUUACUGGAAUUUUAUAGAAAUGUUUCUGUAUGAACAAGGAAGCAAACAAACAUGAAAGCUCUUUCUCUGACUGCCAGGUGUUCAGUGUUUGCUAUCAUGUGCCUUCAUUUCUAACUGGAAGUCAUGUGCACUAAGGAGCUGGAAAUGGAUUCGCUGCUGAGGCUCCAGCAGUGUUUCAAACAUUCCUGACAAUCAGUGGGUCGAGCAGAGCGGACUCACUCCUGUCUUCUGUAAAGCUGUGGAUGUUUUAUGAGAUGAAUGUGAGUGAUGUCAUUUGCUGUCGAACACCUCUUAAGUAUGAAAAAGUGACUGAAUAUAGAGAAACGUGGGGGUAAUAAACACACUUUUCCCCUAUGGUUAA